AUGGUGAAAUGCGAAUUGAGUGAUCUUCUCGUACCCGCAAAUAGCGAGAUCAUCCUUGAAGGCACAUUUUCUCUCAAGGACAAGGCUCUCGAAGGCCCAUUUGAGGAUUACAUUGGUAUGCACUUUGAGGGUGAAGCUGGCAAUCAACCCCUCUUCACCGUGGAUGCUAUCACCUAUCGCGAUGGUGCCAUUCUGCCCGUUUCUGUGCCCGGCCGGCUGACAGACGAAUCGCACACAACGGCUUCCAUGGCGUCAGUCCAGUUAUUGGAGGCGUUGCAACAACAUGAUCUUCCAAUCAAAGACGCAGUCGCCCCCCUGGAGACCCUUGCAACUUGGUGCAUACUACAGGUUGACAGUAAGAAGCUUGCCGAGAUGAAGACGAACCCUGAUGAACUCUGCACAACUAUAGGCAACAUAGCCUUCAAUUCUAAGGCAACCAUGCUAAUUAAUCGCAUCUUAUUGAUCGGGGACGACGUGGACAUACAUGACUGGGCAGAUGUCAUAUGGGCAUACACGUCCCGUUGCCGACCAGGUAUUGACGAAUAUGUGUUUGACGAGGUGAUGGGUCUUACUCUCACUCCAUAUCGGAAAUACGCUAUGGAAUACGAUGGAGGAAGAAUCUUUAGAUCUGUGGAUUUUCGAUCUUCGUAUCCGCCAGAGCUUCAGGAGAAUAUUGAAGGGAGGUGGACGGAAAUGGGGUUUGAUGCAGUUUAG